AUGGACGUCAAGACCAUCGCCGCCAAGUACGGCGGGCUCCCAGCGCGUGUAAUUGCGCGUGCAGAAGAGAAUUGGCGCAUCACGAGAGCCAAAAAGUCGUCGGGAAUGGACCAAUUUGCUGGACCCGUAGCGUGCAUUGUAGUAGCGGCUCGCGCGCUGGACGAGCAGGUGGACAAGACCCGACUGGCUCAGUGUGCAGGGGCGAACAAACGGCUCAUUGAGCCUACUGUGCGCAAAGUGGUGGACGCUGUGGGUGUCCAGACCGUCGUGAAGACGUCUCCGGCUGCGCUGUGCAUCAAAUUUGGCUGUGAAGCGCUUACAGAGAUUGUGCAUCGCGUGCUGGAGGAGUAUCGCGCGUACAUGGCACACGUGGCGGCAUUGAACAGGAGGAAGCGGUUGAAGCAACCGAUGGGUCCAGAGAUAGGGACAAUGAAUAGCGAAGAUCCAGUGUUUGCUGCUGCGUGUCUGUUUGCGGUUAGCAAGCAGGCGAAGAUGCAUGUGAACCAAGACAAGCUGCUAGAAGCUGUGUGUGGCAACGCAAAAGAAUUUGAUGCAAUUGUGUCGUCGAUCGAGGUUCAGUGCCAGUUGUCGCUAAGCGGCGCAGCAAUGGAUCGAAAGAAACGUCGUGUGGUGGAAGGCAAGAGGGCGUCAAAGAACUUAUUGAAGCAAUAUCGUCUUGAGCAGAUCGAAGAGGAGGAGCGUGCAAAGCGGCACAGGACUAGUUCAAAUGGUGUGGUCGCCCAGACGGCGGCGCAAGAGCAUAUGCUCGCAAAAGUACGAGCGUCUCGUGCUAGUUUAACUGGGCAAAGUACUGGUCAGAUGGACAAGAAGGUGGCGGUUGCCACUGCUGAAGAAUAUGCUGUGUGGAGGGCAAGCGCACUAGAGUUCAUGCGCAACAAGAAGAGGCAAGAGAAGCCAGAAAGUAGCAGCAGUCAGCAUUGA